UAUUGUCAUUGCAACCGGAUGCUGUUACAUACAACAAAAUUCUCCCACAAACGAUUUUAUUGUUUCAACCGUCUCUUAAGGGAAACUACCACUAAAUGUGAAACUAUGUGAUAAACCACAGGUCUCAGCACACCAGCACCUGUCCAAUUUGUGUCACUUUUUUCACAUUUUCCAACCACAGACCUGUCAUGAGGUGCAUUUGCAGGCAUGAUGUGUGUGAGCUGUGAAAAACUCACACUCGUCUAUGGUUCAACUUCUUUACACCGGAUUUUUAUUCGUGCAUUGUUUUACCUAUAGAGGUUAUCAGAAUAUCUUUUAUUUUGUAAUUUACUGGGCCUUUUUUUAAGUGCAGUGGGCUGCAUAAAUAAUGUCCACACCCUCUACAAACAGCUUUCAACUUUCAAUUCGGCCAGCAAACAUUUUUUCUUUCUUUUUCAUCUGAUCAUCACAAUGGGGUCUUUUGUAAAUCUGCCUGUGUUCCUCUGUGUCAUGGGUUUGCUCUCUGAGACUCUGUGCUCUUUUACACUGGAGGUAGAAGUUGAAAAAAGUGUCACUAUUUGGUGCCAACAUGAGCUGACCUACAGAGGUUCCAUCUUCUGGUUCAAACACACCACUGAUUCAGUUCCACUUCUUUUAGGGUGUAAAAAGUUUAGAACAUCAGCUCCAUCCCAAAACUGUUACUUCUCUAAUGACUCCGAGCGCCUGGUGAUGUUUGUUCAGCACGAGAACACGUCUCUCACCAUCACUGCACUGAACGUCUCUGAUACAGGACUUUAUUACUGCAGCACCAUGGAAUCAGAGCAAGUGAUCUUCAGAAACUCGACAUAUUUACACGUCAGAGGAGUAAAUAAAACCGUUUCUGAGAACAAAGUGACAGGUUGUGAUUGUUCUACUGUGAUCGUCGUGCUGAGCUCGGUGUUUGGUUUAAUGGUUUUGAUUCUGCUCAGUGUCCUGAUCUUCAUCCUGCUGAAGCACAGAAAAACUCACAGUGCUGCUGAAGAAGUUAAUGGGGUUGCUCACUCUGAUUCUGUUAUUUACACUACACUGCAUUACCCUAAUGAGAAAACUACAAGAACCAGGAGACACGAUGGAACGAUGAAACCAUGUGUUAUAUAUUCUUCAGUCGCAUAGAGUAAUGUGUGUGGACAUAAUGUUCCAGAUCAUUGUUUUACUUAAUAAGAAGUUUUACUGAUGGUCCUACUGAUGCUCUGUGGUUGGAACAUCACA